GCCGCCACCAGCCUGACUCACUCAGUGUACCACAACAAAAUGGUGAGUGAGCACCUGUCUGCAGCUCUCUCCCUCACAGAUGUGUUACAUCCAGUACACUGAGGCAAUACUGCGGCGUGGUGUGACCCCAGAGUGUUGCUGGAGACAUGGACGAGGCCACCGAGAGUGUUGCUCGUCACAAGGGAAACACUGCAGAUGCAACACCUGAUGUCUCCCUCAAGGAACACAUAUCUGCCUCAACCACCAUACACAGAGUUUCCCGUCGAUUACCUUUUAAACCGGAGUCCUUCAAGGCACAGUCGCUCCUGGCGAGGUUCCACAGUUCCAGGAAGUCUGAGAGUGGUAUUAAAGGUGAAUUAAAGAGUAUUAACAGCAGCUCUGGGCUUGGCUUUACCCUGGGAUGGAGUCGUCACAAGACUGGUAAUAACUUCGAGGUUUCACUGGAGACUGAAAAUACUUCAGCCAGUCUUCCUGAUGACCUGAAUCACAACUCUGGUGUGUGUGUGAGUGUGUGUAGUGAGAGAUGUGGUGUUAGUGAAGGCACCAGAGUCAGGAGUGAUGCAGGUGACAAGUGUGUGGCAGAAGAGACACCCUUCCUGCCAGUGUCUUCUGACAGACUCACUGACAGCUGGUUCUGCACCUGGCCUGGUCGACCUAGAAAGCUAAAAGGUUUAACUAAGAGAUUACUUAUAUCAGGAACAAGCAAGAAUAAUAAUGAAGCUGUUAGUGUUCAUCAGAACAGUGAACAAGAUCAAGAGGAACAAGAAUCAUCUUGUUUGUUACCAUCAAGUAUGACUACUGAUAACAAAGAAGAGUGUGUUAUACCCAAGAAAGUAAACAAGACACAGGAAGACAUGAACAUGUCUACUAAGGUUCCUAACUUGACAAGUCACAAUGUGUCUCUUGAUGCCUUGUUAGAGUCCUUACCACUGGUCUAUAACCCUUCAACCAGGCAGUUAUGUCUUGGCACUUCGAAAAAAGCUCAAAAUGACAUUAACAACAAAAGAAUGGAAAACUCUAGUAUACAAAGCAACUGUGAUAUUGACUUUUCUAAAGAAAAACAGAAGUUAGAGUUAGAUAAUGGAAACUCAGAUUUAAAAGGAAAGAUUGCAGAAUCUCACAGAGAAUCAUUUUUAAGUUUGUCUGAUACAGGUGAACCAAUUUCAUUACCCAAGUCGUUAGAAAUUAUUCAAGAAGUUGAUGAAAAUGGGGAAACAUUAAAGUUGAUUGAUAAGAGUGCACCAACGUCUGGUAAUGUCAGCGGUAGUUCCUCGUUAGAAAGAGGACAUUAUGAAAGCCCUAGAAACAGCCUUCAGCGGGUUGGCACCAAUAACUCUCUCUCCUUCACGGAUGCUAGUUCCUUCUCCAGUUUAUCAAGUUCCAACACUGAAUUAUCAGCAUACUCUGCUUCUGACAGUGCAGUGUGCCUUGGCUCCCUCCAGUCUGACACUGGCUCUCUCAGGGACUUUGUGCUCACUGACAGUGAUGGCAAGACCAAGAAAAAAGGGAUCACAGAUUUUCUAACUCGAAACUUGUUUGCAUGGCGCCACAAAGAUGGAGGUACAGGCAAAACUGUUGAGGAAACGUCGUCAACCUCAUCAUCUCCCAUCCCUUCUUCACCAGUAAGCAGUAGCUCUCCUGGCUGGAGAAUAUUCUCACGACCAGUAGCAAGGCCACCAAGAUCACCUGAUCUACAG